AUGUCUCCCAGAUCGCUGCUGGCCACCGCGGCUAUUGCCGCCACUGCUGUGCUGCCGCACUUGGCAUACAGCCAGACCAUCCAGGACAAAGGUCAAACAGUCCCCGCCACCAACGCAACCGUUGCCCCGGCCGUUCAAGCGGUCGAUCCAGCCUCGACUGACCUGGAGGCCGACUACUUCAACUUCGAGGCUGCUCAGCUGACGCCCGAUGUCAUCAGCAACCUGACCAACCUCGACCUGACCAACAUCACUCUCUUUGAUUUUGCCAACUCGACUGUUGCCGCUCGCUCGCUCGGCGCCCGCUCCGGCUGGUGCAAGCAGCUGCCCGGCGACUUUUUCUGGCCCGGCGAUUGGAUCUGGGGUCUGCUGGAUCUCUUGACCGGCGGUGCCCUGAUCGAGGGUACGCCCUCUGCUGCCGUCUGCUACCAGGACUGGCCGCAGUAUGAUGCCGCCAAGUGUCAGCAGGUCACUGCUAAGUGGACCACCGCGCCGUACCACGAGCCUACUGGCCUUGACUGGCCCCUGUAUGAGGGUGUCAGCUGCCUGCCUCCCAGUCUCACUCGGGAGGGUGCCAAGUGCACCCAGGGUGCCUACCCUUCGUAUGUGCUCAAGGUUACCAACGUUGCUCAGAUCCAGCUGGCUCUGAACUUCGCCCGUAACCUGAACCUGCGUCUUAUUGUCAAGAACAAGGGCCACGACUUCAACGGCAAGUCUUCGGGCGCCGGUUCUCUGUCCAUCUGGACCAACUCCCUCAACGACAUCCGCUACCUGCCCAGCUACAAGAGCAAGUUCUACACCGGCCCUGCCCUCAAGAUCGGCUCGGGUGUCGCCGCCCAGGAUGUCUUUAGCUUUGCCGACUCCAAGGGCCUCGACGUUGUUGGCGGCAUUGCCCGCACUGUCGGACUCGGUGGUGGUUACAUCGCCGGUGGUGGUCACUCUCCUCUCAUGGGUGUCUACGGCAUGGCUGCCGACCAGGUGCUCGCCAUGGAGGUCGUCCUGCCCGACGGACGCUACGUUUCUGCCGACAGCGAGCGCAACUCGGACCUGUUCUGGGCUCUCCGUGGUGGCGGUGGUAGCACCUUUGGUGUUGUCACUUCGCUCGUGAUCCGUGCCUACCCCAAGAAGCCCGUCACCAUCCUGACGUACAGCUUUGGAUCCUCGGCCACUAUCAGCAAGGAUCUCUUCUGGAAGGGCGUCCGGGCUGUCUUCGACACCUUCCCCCAGAUUGCCGAUGCCGGUCACUACCGCUACUAUACCCUGAUGUGCCAGGCCGAGUGCAGCUUCUCCAUGGGCCCCCACUGGGCGAACAACGCCAAGACGGCCGAUGUCAAGGCCAUCAACGACGCUCUGUUUGCCAACCUGACGGCGAUGGGCAUCAAUAUCACCAAUGCAGCUUACAAGGAGUACGACGGCGCCAGAGCCGCCUUUGAGGGUACCUUCCCUGCUUCCACUGAGGUGGUCGGCAGCUGGAACUAUCACACUGGUUCCCGCCUGUUCCCCCGCUCCAACUGGGAGGAUCAGACCAAGGCCACCGCCCAAUUUGCCGCCAUCCAGAAGGCUGUCGAGGAUGCCGGCAUGGUCAUUGGCUACAACUUCAGGCCCGCCGUCAACAGCGGCGUCGACCAGAACAAUGCCGUCACCCCUGCCUGGCGCAACACCCUUGCCCACGUCAUGCUGGGUGCCCUCUGGGGCCCCAACGCCACCCCGCAGGAUAUUGCCGAUGCUAGCAAGACCCUCACCGCCCGCCUCCAGACCUGGCGUGACGUCUCGCCCGGCGCCGGUGCCUACAUGAACGAGGCCGACGCCAACGAGCCUGACUUCCAACAGAGCUUCUACGGCUCCAACUACCAGCGCCUCUACGCCCUCAAGCAGCAGUACGACCCCUGGGGGCUGUUCUACGCCCCGACUGCCGUCGGCUCCGAGGACUGGUACGUCUCAGACCAGAUCGACUUCUACCCCACGCAGAACGGUCGUCUGUGCAAGAAAUAG